AUGACAGCAUUGCAGCCGUUUAGUGACGAACAAUUAAAUUUCUUUAAGUUCUCGUCCUUAGUGUUAAAUGAAUUCCCCAAAGCCUUACGACAGACAUUUAAAACCAUGUGGAACAACACCUAUGGACAUCGCCCUGGUUUCCAGCUCUGGGAUGAUUCCACUGCUGUCAGAAAAAUGUUCGACUCUGAAGAAGCAAAAAGUGGCAAGAAGACUAAAGUUCCUGUUCUUCAGUCCUACAACGAAUGGGAUUGUACCAACCUGUUCCAGGCUACCAUAUUUUCGCGGUCCUUUGCCUCACCAGCCAGUACAGGCCCCUUCACCACACUAAGUGAUUUGUAUGUGAGGCCCCGUGCAGUGCCUUAUGGUAGUUUCCACGCAUGUGUGGUCAGCCCGAGUGGAAACACAGCGGAGACCUUUGCGCUUGCGAUUGACCAGCUCCGCCUUCUUAGAAAUUCGCUUUGUCACUCCAUCAUUAGUGAGAUGGACAAACCGACGUUUGACCAGCGCGUGAAUUACACCAGAGACGCGUUUCAAGCCCUUAAUGUCCCGACAGCUUCAAUUGACGCACUUGGUAGUUUGACGGAGUCAGACGUUCCCACAAAUGAAGUUCGAGAAUUGGAAGCAAGAAUCCGAGACGAGACUCGGGCGUACAUCAAAUGCCUCGAGGACUUCAGGGAAGGUCUGGAGAGUUUGAGUUCAGACAUCAAUGGUUUAAAGCAACAGGAUAAUGCCAGCAAAGAAGACAUUACUAGGUUGGAAAAAAAGAUUGAUGAAUUGAAAGUAGGAAGAGACGAACAUAAUAAUCUACCUGACAAUUCAGGUAAGAUAUUGAAAAAUUGUUCCAGCCGAAGGGUCCGUUUACGGUUUGGACAAAUAGUAAGCAAACUGCAAUUGCAGGACAGGUUAAUUAAGCCAGUCCCAUUUUUAAAUAAACAACCUCAAAGCAUGACUUUUUAUUGUUUAUUAGAGCUUUCACAUAUAUGAUAAAGUCAUUAAAAAAGGUAACAGUCUAAGCCGCGAAGAGUUAACCUUUUUCCAGUUAGGGUUUGUUUGCACCCACUAGUCUCCUGUAGCUCAGUGGUAGAGCAUCUGUUGACUCUGUUGACUCCUGUUGGCGAGUUCUAAGAUUUUUUAUUUCGAGUCGUCUGUGUCACUGUCUCAAGAACAUCUUUGUCAAGGUUUUUCUAUGUGUGGAAAAGAUUACUAUAAGCUUUCUUUAUGUAAACAGAUGGAGGAAUGGCCUUGGGUCGACGUCCUAACUAAACUCUUUUCCUAAAUCAUGAGUUUUCGUAUAAAUAAAUUUACGGAUUUAAAUUCACUGCAAGAAUAUUAUUUCUGCAUUAAAAAAAUGGGUCAAAAUUGACUUAUUUAUAUAAUUCAUUUUUGAAUAUUCUCACCCUUUUUCUCUCUCUCUCUUUUUUUUUUCAUUUUUGGUCUUCUCUCAUCAUAAAAGGUACGAGACCAUCGCUCUCUACAGCCUACCUUCCUUCAAUGGUUCCUAAUUUCACUGGGCGACAGAGCGAGGUUGAAGAGAUCAUCGGACAUGUCACUUCCGAUUCCACCCGACUUGUAUCGAUAUGGGGUUCACCUGGAUUCGGAAAAACGUCGGUUGCAAUUGCAGUGGGACACACUCUUAAGACUCAAGGCCUGCCUGUGUACUGGGUUUCAUUGCGAGGACUUCAGUCUAAGGCGGGUCUGACUUCAAAGACGCUUAGCCUUCUCAGGCAACCAACCAUUAAUAAUCAACCGUCUCAUCUGCGUCUGUCCCAUGAUGAUGAGAUUUGCCAACUAUUCAGCGAAAUAUCAAAACAGUCUGUAUUUAUUCUUGAUAAUGCCGAUGAUUUGUUAGAAAGUGGUUGCCCAAAAGUGAAGAAAGAGGUCAUGCAACUUCUUGAAGAAAUACUCAGACAAAACCCAAGGGUGACAUUCAUUGUAACCACGAGAGAGUCUCUUGAGUUUAUGAACAUCCAUUUUCAAGGCCAUCAAGGCGUGAGAAUAAGAACAUUGGAUAAAGCCUCUACACAAUGCCUAAUUCAUGAGUUACUUCCAAAUGCGAGCGCUGCGGAUUGCAUAGAAGUCGCGCAUAUCGGCGGACAAGUUCCUUUGACCAUAAAAUUAAUGUGUUCUUUGAUUUCUGAAGAUAAUUCUUUACCAAGCCAUUUUUUAGAUGGUUUCGAGGCGUCCUCUACAGAAAGUAUAGGGAGCAUGUUGGACAUUUUUGACUCCACUUUCCAGCGACUAACUGCACAAGAACAAGAAGCACUAAUUUCUUUGAGCAUUCUCCCUGAGAACUUCACUACUGAGGUCGCUGAGGCCGUUUUAGGAACCAAAAGUAGUUUUGAAGCCAAAAGAAUGUUACAAAACCUUCGGAGGAAGUCACUGAUUGAUUCAGGCUCUAAACCUGGGACUUUCACAAUGCACAAACUAUUGCAAUCAUUUUCGAGAGAGAAAGGAGACACUGACAUGAACAAGACGAUUCUCGAUGCGAAGGGUCGUUUGAAUGCAUUCUAUGUCUCGUGCUUUGAUAAACUAAAUAAAAAAUUUCUUACCGGGCAUUCCAUGGAUGCAUAUAUUGCAUUUUAUGAGGAUAAGGACAGCAUUAUUCAAAGCCUAGUAGAGGGAUGUCUUGACUCCAAAACAGCUGACACUGUCUUUGACAUAUUGGUUAAGGGGGAGUUGUUUCUUGACUCACUUUUUUGGACCGAAAGUGAAGCGAAAAACUUUGAUGAUAUAUACGAUGCCGCCAUAAAAGCAGCCAACCUGCAUGGAAAUAAAAAAUACUACAGGCAGCUACUUACUUCCAAAGCUUUCGCUGAAGCAACCUGGGGAAGAAAAGGAAAGACGAAUCAGCUUCUCUCUGAAGUGAAAGUUAUACAAGCAGCAUCGUGCCUUGUUUCUAAUCAGGAAAAAGGCAAAUGCUUCUGCUAUUUAGGAAUCUGUUACCUUACUGCAGAAGAAACGAAGAGUGGAGUCCACUGCCUACAGCAGGCGUUUUCAUUACUCGAGACUUGCAACGACCCAGAGUCGUUAUUUCUAAAGUUUCUUAUUCUUCAGAUCCUCGUUUGUCAUUAUCAGUCCCUAAAUGACUUCUACAAUGCAAGUUACUACUAUGACAAAUCACUACAUCUGUCCUCUUCAGUAGGAGAUUGCAAGCUGCUUAUGAUUCCGCCGAUGAAAAGCAAAGCACAAAAAACUACCAAUGAAAUGCAGUUUGAAAAGGACUCAAACAUUUUGCUGAAUCAACCUUUUGAAUUCCAAUUUGUCUGUCUCUUAAGUGAAGCUACAAAGUUUUUCCCCGACAUUAAAACCAAACAAAAUACAAGCCACUUGGUUCUUCAAAUGUUAGAGUGCCUCGAAAAAGAUGUUACACCUUCAAUUGGUCUGCUAACGUUUCACACAACUGUGGCUAAGCUGCUGUGGAAUUGGAAUAGUGAAGACCCUGAAAAACUAUUUUGGUCAAGAAUAAAUUAUCAUGAAAAAAUACUCAAGCAAUGCAAAGAAACUUUCCCAAACAGCCACGACUUCGGCGGUUACGGUCAAAUACAAAUUAAAGCCCUUGUGGACUGCUACUUAAACCUGGGUAAAGUUUACCACAAAAAAGGAAACUAUUCAGAAGCGCUUAAGUCAACCAAGCAAGCGCUACACACAGCAACAAAGUCCUUUGGAGAAGAACAUAAAAGCACUGCUGACAGCUAUAGGCAAGAGCCACAUUGUGUUUCGCUUUACGUACUGAUGUCGCGUCGAGACGUUAGAGUAGUCGUACGUAAUCGAUAG